UGGCAAUUAGAUUCCAGGAUUUUUAAUAAAAAUAAAAUGUAGGCCAACUGGACUUUGAUAACAGUGGUAACAUAUUGCUAAGACUAAGACCAAGUAAAAAUUGAUAGUUGAUUUCCUUUACAAUAAAUUGAUCGAAUUUGCAUAACCUAAUAAUUUAGAUUCUAGAUCUAUAAUCAAAAUAAAUGGCUGAAUUUGAUGCUGAACUUCGUUAUGGAAUUAUGUACUAUGUAUUACCUGUAAUAGUUUUAUUCUAUUGUGUGUAUCAUCUUAAAAGCAAGAUUAAGAAAGCAAAAAUAGAAGCUUGGUGUUUGAACUUCUUUUGUGGGUGGGUUCACAGAAAAUUUUGUGAUAACGAAAAGAGACUAUUAUUCCAUCAAAUGAUCGAAUUAAAAGAGAAAGCUAAGAGUCCGUUGCAAAUUUUAGAAAUUGGAGUUGGAAGUGGAAUGAAUUUUAAAUUUUAUCCCAGAGGGAGUCAUUUAACAUGUGUUGACCCUAACCCUUUUCAUGAAGCAUACAUACAUACAAAUCUAAAGAAAGACAAUAAUCAUUUGAAUUUCAAAGGGUUUAUUAAGAGUUUUGCAGAAAAUAUGCCUAAAGUGGAAAGCAAUUCAUAUGAUGUAGUUGUAUGCACUCUUACUUUAUGCACUGUUAGAAACCCAACUGCAGUGCUGGGUGAAAUUAAAAGAGUUCUCAAACCAGGAGGAACAUUUUUCUACAUGGAACAUGUUGCUGGACCAAGAGGAUCAUUUGUUAGAUGGUUUCAAAAUAAACUUCAGUAUAUUUGGCCUUACUUCAGUGGAGGAUGCAAUAUUAAUAGAGAAACAUGGACACACCUGGAUAACUCUGGUUUUAGUAAAGUUUCUUACCGCCAUUAUUCUGUCAACACUUGGGUGGCUUUCUUUGCUAAACAUUUAUUAUAUGGCACAGCAGUUAAGUAAUGCAUGAUUUCUUUUGUAUACAUUGAUAUUUUUUUUUAUGGACAACACAAAACUAAGCAAAUAUUUAUUUUCCAUAAUCUUAAUUUUUGAUAAACAACAUGUGAUGUAUUCCUAUUUUUUCUUUUUGUGUAAAUAAAGCAAAUACCAGUACAUUUUUAAAAAUCUUUAUUAUUGCAUAGUUUUUUACUAGGGUUCAUCAAUAAAUGACCCACUCAUACUCAUAGGGGAAUGGUGAGUCCCACGUAUGUGAUGAGGGUGAGAGGCAGUUAAGAAAGUGACAACAAAGUUACAUUUUUUUAAAAGUAUUUUUAAAAUGAACUUAAGCAUUUGUUUUUUAAAUAUUUUUUUAUUUAUUUUUAUAAAUUGUUUUAAAAACUGACAAUUGAAUCUAAUUUAAUCCAGAUUUUCCUAAAAAGUUGUGUACUAAAUUGUAAUUUCCUGUCAAAGGGAAACUACUCAGCAAAUAUUCUCAGCAAAAAAAAACCAUCCUCACUUGGUCAUAUCUCUUAAGAAAAAUAAAAGAUAAGGAGAUGAUGAGCUAAAGUGUGACCAAUUUUAGAGAGGUUGAGGGGUUGACAUUUUGUGAUGACUCCUCAUACUCAAAAAAGAAAGCUCACAGUUACAGAUAGGAAUCUAAUUAAUCAAUUUUUUUUAGAGCCAUCACUUUUAUGUCAUAUUGUAAAAUAAACCAAAUUUAAUAUUAAUUAUAAGCAUUAAUUUUAUUUUUAUUUAUGCUUUCACAAUGUCUAAACUUUCACUUGUAGCAAUAACAUUGUAAUGAAUUUAUUUGUGAAGCAAAAUUUAAUUAGCAUCGGUCAAGUAUAUGCAAAUAUGUGUACAAAAAUGUUUAAUGUGUCACAAUAGAGUAAAAUGUCAGUAACAUCUUAUUUAAAGCGUGAUAUUCUGGAAUGCUAUUUAAUAAGUAUUUAAAUGAGGCAUUUUAUUUGAAGAAUAAAAAAUUCAUAAACAAUAUAAAAAAUUAUUAAGUAAUUGUUUUA